UUUUGUGUGAUAUUGUACAGAGUGUUUGGUGUUACUGCUUUAUGGGGCAGAAGAAAAUUCUGCUUGGAGCCCCUCAAGUCAGUCAAAUGUCCCCGAUUUUGUGCUAAAAGUGUACACAAGUGCUCCAGACACACACUGAGGGAUGAAUUCUCGGUGAAUGUGGUGACUAAUUGCUGAAUAUCCGUGAAUUUCUCUCACCCUCCGUCAUACAAGAGAUUGGGGGACUUUUGCAAGGGCUGCACAGCCACAUUUUUCACUCUGCCAGAAGGAUAAUUCCGCCAGGAAAAUCCAUCUCAGCUGUUUUAGUGUGUGACAAAGUUGAGAAAAGUGCUUGAUUUAGUGUGAGAUUCAACUGAAAUUGCUUUAGAUUUGAGCGCCGAGGAAAUGGCUCCGAAGGUGCAGAUGUGGAAGAGGGAGGCGGUCGCGGAGGAGGUCGCCGAUGUGGUCUCGGAAAUCACCACCCUCGCCACCCACAUCUUCGGUCACAAACAUCACAAGCACUCCACCACGACGGAGACGCCGGAUUUGGAGGUUGAAGACACCAGCACCGCCGCCCCCACGAAAGGUGGGGUGGAGAAGAUGGCCGAUGAGGCCGUUGAGGUGACAACGAAAUUUGCUCACGACAUGGGCAUCCCGACGUGGGGCCUCGUGGCGAUCCUCAUCGGCGUCGGCGUGGUGAUCCUGGGCAUUUGCUUCUGCUGCAUUCGGCGCUGCUUCCGGAAGCGCCGCUCCAAGGAUGGCAAGAAGGGCAUGAAGGGCGUGGACCUGAAGUCCGUGCAGCUCCUGGGCUCGGCUUACAAGGAAAAGGUACAGCCCGACAUGGAGGAGCUUACUGAGAACGCUGAAGAACCCGACGAAGGUGAAAGUAAACAGAGUGAGCAGAAGCUCGGAAAGCUCAGCUAUAAACUUGAAUAUGACUUCAACUCCAACAGCCUGGCCGUGACUGUGAAUCAGGCUGAGGAGUUGCCCGCUCUGGACAUGGGAGGCACUUCGGAUCCCUACGUGAAGGUGUACUUGCUGCCGGACAAGAAGAAGAAGUUCGAGACGAAGGUCCACCGAAAGACUCUCAAUCCAGUCUUCAACGAGACAUUUGUCUUCAAGAGCCUCCCAUAUGCUGAUGCCAUGAACAAGACUCUGGUCUUUGCCAUUUUUGACUUCGAUCGCUUCUCGAAGCACGAUCAAAUUGGCGAGGUCAAAGUGCCGCUCUGCCAAAUUGACUUGGCCCAAACCAUCGAGGAGUGGCGAGAGCUGCAGAGCGUCGAGGGCGAAGGUGGUCAGGAAAAUAAGUUGGGAGACAUUUGCUUCUCAUUGCGAUACGUUCCGACAGCGGGAAAACUGACUGUAGUUAUCUUGGAGGCGAAGAAUCUCAAGAAGAUGGACGUUGGAGGACUUUCAGAUCCCUACGUGAAGAUCGCUUUAAUGCAGAACGGCAAGAGGUUGAAGAAGAAAAAGACCAGCAUCAAGAAGUGCACUCUCAAUCCGUACUACAAUGAGUCCUUCUCCUUUGAAGUUCCCUUCGAACAGAUUCAGAAAGUACAACUAGUCGUAACUGUUGUGGACUACGAUCGCAUCGGGACAUCUGAGCCUAUCGGGAAGGUGAUGCUGGGCUACAACGCUUCGGGAACGGAGCUGCGCCACUGGUCUGACAUGCUGGCCUCGCCCAGGAGACCGAUCGCGCAGUGGCACACGCUGAAGGACCCCGAGGACGGCGAGGGGAAGAAGGACUAAACAGGAGAUUGAGGCGACUUUUCUCUUUUGAUUGUAGCUGUUUGAGACAAAAUUCCAUUGAUCCCUUCGGCGAGAUCCUCGUAGGGAUGCUAAAGCUAAAACCUCCUCUUCUCCUAAGAGUCAUCGGACAAGAACAAAUAAAUGCAAAAAAAAAGAAAAUAAAGUGUUAAGACAACCAAAUUUUAAAAUCUCCUCUCAAAGAAAUCUGAUGAAGAAUAUCUCCAUAAAAGGCAUAAAAGAAAAGUCUAUUUAUAGAAGAAAAGAAAACCUUUUGCUGGCCCAGCGGCUCAGUUUAUUUGGCAUUUGAAACCAAAGAACAAGAACAAAAAGGAAGAAUAACUUACGUAACACCAGAGGAAAAAAAUAAAUUCUAACAAAGUGGAGAAACAGAGACAAGAUUAAGAAUCAUACUGUAAAACAUUGUGUUAAUUGUAUUUCAGAAUAUUAUAGUAUUCUUAAACUCUUUAGUCGCAUGACAAACAUUUAACCCCUUCUCUUGAAACAAUAAUAAAUAAAAAACAUAAAAUUUCCAAUGUGUAUAAAUUCCAUCAAGAAAAUUUAUUGGUGUUUAUCUCUGGGAAAAAAAUAAUGGUGCAGACUUUAUGAGUGAAGCUUUUGCGUUUGAACCAUGGCGAGUUUUAUUUACCCCAAAAAUAAGGAAGUAAAAAAAAAAACACGAAUAAGAAGAAAAAUGCAUCCAAAAAGAAAAGGACUUGGUUUUGUCUUCCGCCUUUCAAUUGUCUGUUUCCUUUCAAUCAAACUAAAUUAUGCAGAGAAUAAGAAAAUAAUAAAAAAAAGUAUUGCUCCAAAAAAAAGACGUGAAAAUGAAGGAAAAAAUAGACGUUGUAAGAAUUCAAGAAAAAAAAAGAAUACAAUAAAUUGUGCCCUCGAAUUAAUUGUAAUAAAUUAAUUGUAUUUAAUCUAUGAGAGUGAGAGAAGAAAUGUAUAAAAAAAAUCAAUCCCAAGAAGAGCUAGAAGACCAAAGAUUGUAGUUUGUCCGAAAUUUCAUAUCAUUGUACAGUUUCUCCUAUUGAAUGUCCAUUGAUUUUCGCAUUCUCAAAUUCCUUGUUUUUUUUGCAAAGAAAAAAAAACACACACCACACAAAUCGCAUCUCACAAGAACAUUAACCAUUGAAAAAGACAGAGGGAGAGAGCUAUAGUGAAUUGCAAAAUAAUCCAGAUAAUAGAAUUUUUACAUGGAAAAUUCCAUUCGACAGAAGCAUGAGAAAUUCUCAGAGAAUAAGUGAGAAAAGAAGUAUUGUAGUUGAAGAAGAAUGGAUUAUGUAAGGAUGAAAAAGACUACAGAAAUGUUGUUAUUUAGUUCUAUAUUGUCGUAACAUAGAUGAUAGAGAGUAGAGACAUGAUUUAAUCGUAUGGAAAAGUGAGGGAGGAAAAGAGAGAGAUAAGAAAUGUAAAUUGCACAAUAUUAUUUUAUAUCCAUGAGUAUAUUCAUCACAUCAAAACGAUUCACGGUCAGCAGCUUUCAGGAGUUCCUCCUUGGAUUGGAUUUCUGCGCAAUUUGUCCUGAUACAAUUUCGGUCUUCGCAUCAAAAAUUCAUUGUGAACCUCUUAAAAAUAAACACAGGCAAAGCGACAUCCAAAAUUCAAGACAGAAAGAGAGAGAGAACUUUUCCGGAAAAAUUGCCUCCCGUUUAGAUAAUUCGGCAUUUGCUGAAGACUUUUUUUUCUUUCUCUGUUUAUUUAUAAUUUGUAUGGAUGAUAAGUAGCUAAAAAAAAACCCGAAACAAAUAGUAAAAGCAAAACUCGUCAAAAUAUUUGCGAAUAGAAAAAAAAAAGAAAUCCAGAUGAUAAAGCAAGAAAAAUCGUACAUUUAAAAACAAAAUGCAUCAUCGAAUUAGCUUAAAAGGAAAACACAGAGCAUUAAAAAAAGAUAAGUUAAAAAGGCAAAAAAAAGCAUUGUAGUGAGUCAAAAAUAGGAGUAUAAAAAAAGGCAUAUAAAUGACAGAUUAAUAGUUAAAAAAGAAAAGAGAAAAUUUAGAUAAUAACUUGAGAAUUGAAACAUUUUCCUAGACAAAAAGUAUCUUAUUUCCUCUUGAUUUUUUUUAUCUUUUUGAAGAAAUACCACAAAAGAGAGUCGUUGUAAAUAAAUAGAAUGGGAGAACAUCAAUAAUAAUUUUCAUACUUAAAUUUGUGAGUUGAAUCGAGUCAAAAAAGCCAAGAACAGAAUGGUGAAAGAGAGUAAAAGUAUUGCGUGAAGAUCUCUUUGGUCACGGCUUCAUUUUGUAAGAUGUAUAAAUAAGUGGGAUUCCCAGAUUAUUUCCACCUCUUUAUCAGAUAAUGUGAAAUAUCGAGACAUUUGCUGAUUACCACUGUAAACAAUGCUCCAUAUAAUUAACCAUAUAAUCAUUAGAUUUAUGUGCUAAAAAAAAAUCACACAUUUCAGCUAAACGAAGGACUUUCGAUCAAAGACGUAUUUUCUUUGAAAACACAAAAAAAAAAUCAUCAAUCAACGGCAUGCGAACGGCUUUUUCAACUGAAUAAGAAAGGGCAGAAGUGGCGCCGAAGUUUGUGAAAGUAUUACUGGAAAAAAAAACAAUACAAAGAAGAAAUAAAAAGAGGGCGAAAAUGAAACAAAAAAACUGAACCCAGAAGAAUGAUGAAAAAAAAUCUCACAAAUAUUAACUUGUAGCGCAGCACGUAAAGUGAUGAUGAAUUUAAAUGUGCAAGAAAAAUAAAGUGAAAAAAAAUAUAUACCAAAAAAUAUUGAAUAUAUAUAAACAUGAAAAAAAACAUUAUGUACUUAUUGAAGAAAUGAAUAUAAACAAUAAUAAAUUAUCAUUAAACAAAAAGAAAAAAAAAUUAUAAAUUUAUGAUUACAGAAAAAAAAGAAGAUGAAGAAAAUGGUGAAAAGACAUGAGAGAUGAUGAAAAACUAUUACUUUGUUGAUAAGUAGAUUGUUUUUUCUCUGGUGUAAAAUAUAUUAUACUAAAAACAAAUGAAAUAUAAACAUUAUGACAAAUA